AAAAAGUCACUUUAAUUAUAAUAUUUAUGAAGUAAUAAUAAUAUUUAUGAAAACUCUUUAAAAUCUGUGAAAGUAACAAGUUAUUCAUCUCCCUUUAAUCAUACAUAAAUUCAAAAGGAAUUUUUUUUAUAUAUAUAAAUCAUUCUGUAGGCAAUUUAUAUGAAUACAAGCUUUAUACCAGGUUUUCUAUUUUUAUCACAAAGCACCCGGAUGUUUCCCAUCCCCCAACCCUAUUUUAUAUAUAUCAAACAUCUAUUCAACGUUAGUUAGUAUUCGACUAGCUGUGGAGAAUAGCACCAAGUUUCGUAACAUUUUUUUGCGGAUCUCGACGGGUUAUUAUUACCUGGCUGUAGGAGUAACAAGACGUUAGUUACAGCCCACAACUUUAAUUUUUUUUUUAAAAUAAGACUAUCCCCAGCAUAGUGUAUUUAUAAAGUGUCUCUAAAAUGAGGUCCAUAGUCUCUGUAAAACAGAAAACGAUGAUGUGCCUAAUUGCUAUGAUGUGUUUAAUACACUUGGCAGAGGCGUUGCUAUGUUACCAGUGUCCUGCUACGUCAUCCAACGAGCCAUGUGUGACGGACAUUUCCGGCAUGGUCAACACGUCACUUGGUAUAAGCAGGAAGUAUUUCCAAAACUGUUCAGAAUCGAAGCCAACUUGGGAUAGGUGCAUGAUUGAAACGGCCCAAGUGAAUCGUGCCUAUGUUCUCUACCACCGAGGUUGUCACGAUGGCGUCAACUUCACUUCCGGCUUUGACACCCCGCGAUUUCGCGGCCUUAACCCUAACAACCUCACCACCUGUGAGUUCAUCAGCCCGAUGAUUGUCUGCUACACUUUCUGUCAGAAGGAUUUUUGCAACGGCCCCCAGCCCCCAGAAAUUCCCCCAAAACAGGUCUGCAACGAGUCGAUGUUUGACUAUGACUACGGAGAACCGUGUGGUGUCGCUGGGAUGUUUCUGAAAACGGAGUUAUUUUUUCUUGAGUUUUUUGGCGUGGUUACUGUUCUUGUGACUACUCUGUAUUUAGUGUGAGAAUAAAAAAAAACUUUUUACAAAAUCAGCCG